CACGCGGCCCCGGCGCUGUGGAGGCGGGAGUGGGGACGGGACUGUCGCGAUAGAGCGGCGCGGGGGGGCUCGGCACCCAGCGGGACUGUCGCGACAGAGCGGCCCUGGGGCCGGGGGGCCUCGGCACCCGGCGGGGCUGUCGCGACAGUGAGGGGCCCCGGGGCCGCAGUUGUGUCGGGGCCUGUCGCGAUAGGAGCGGGGCUUCCCCAUUGCCGCCCACGUGCGUGGCCUUUAGGGCUCACUCACAGUGGGAGUGGAGUCCCAAGGCCGGACUGUCGCGAUAAGAGCGGGAUCCGUGGGGCUAGUCCCGGCAGGGCUGGGGUGGGGUCGUUCAGACCAUCCCCGGCAGGGCUGUCGCGAUAGGGGGGUGCCCUAGGCCAUCCCCACAGGGCUGUCGCGACAGGAGGGUCCCCGUGCCCGGUGCGCCGUGCCUGCGCUCCCGGGAUGGAUCCCGGGAUGGAUCCCGGGGCAGCUCUCCCGGCCCUGCAGCGGGAGCUGCGGGCGGCGCUGGCCGAGGACGAGAGGCGGCAGCGGGAAGGCGAGGCCAAGCUGAGGGCGCUGCUCCAGGGCGUCCCCGACUAUCGCGACUUCAGGAACAUUGUGCUGGCCUCACACCUGAAGCCUCUGGAGAAGAAGGACAGGCUGGGGCAGAGGAGGAAUGUGUUGUGGAAUCCCUGUGCAGCCCCAGCCAAGGCAUCACCUGCCCACACUGAGGAGAUCCCACAGGAGUUGGAUCAGCUGCCUGGAACGGCUGCAGAAUUCCACAGGGAUUGGCGCAGGUGCCUGAAGAGCGGGAUAGAGAAAUACCGGUUUCUGCUGGAGCUGGGAGGGGAGGCCUUGGGCAGGAUCUUCCGGACUGACGUGGGCUUUGGCCUCCUGGGGGAAUUCCUGAGGGUGCUGGCAGAGAACUUCCAUCCUGGAGACGGGGCUGCCGUCCUGGAGAUCCUGCAGGGCCUGGCGGGCACCCGGCGCUUCGGGCUGAACGUGGAGCUCCUGAGCCAGGCAGAGAAGGAGAGCGGCCGGGAUCUGUUCAGGAAGCUGCAGGGCCUGAGCAGGGAUUGCUGGGCUGCUGAAAAGCCAGGCCAGGAGGCAGGGAGGGAACCUCACGCCAUGGACACCCACUUGGAAAAGGAAGGCGAGGAGGAAAGGACGGUGGUGGAGCUGAUGAAGUGUUUCCAGCUCGGCUGAGGGGGUUCAGGGGCUAAAAGAGGCUCAGAAGAGACUCAAGGCCUGACCUUGGCAUCACCCAGAGCACGAGUUCUGCACAAAUAAAGUUCAGUUCCCGA